GCCAAUGGGAGAGGCUGAUGGGGCAUAGGAAGGGGCCGGCUCCUAGAUGUUAUUGAACGAGGGGAAUGAAGCUAGGUGCCUGGAGCCGGGCUUUCCGCCGGGCCUGAGGUUUCAGGGUGCAUCCCGCACAACGGAGGACACACUGCCGGCAGCACAGGUAAAUAAGUGUGAGCAGUAAGAAGAUGCUGAACUCUGACGUAGAGGUCGUGGAGGAUUGGCUUUCCCAGUUCAAGACUUUGCCUGAAUCUCAGCUAUCCUGUUAUGCAGCAACCCUUCAGCAGAAGACAGAUAUUGUGCCGGCUCUCUACAAGGUCAUCCAGGAUCCUAACAAUGACUUACUGGAACCUGUCUGUCACCAGCUGUUUGAGUUGUAUCGAAGCUCGGAGGUGAGGUUGAAGAGAUUCACGCUGCAGUUUCUGCCCGAAUUGAUCUGGAGAUAUCUGUGCAUUACAGCAAGCAGAGAGAGACAGAGCAAUGGCUGCAUUGAAGCUCUGCUUCUAGGGAUCUACAAUCUGGAGAUAGUUGAUAGAGAUGGAAACAAUAGAGUGUUGUCGUUCACAAUCCCAUCACUGUCCAAGCCAUCAGUUUAUCAUGAGCCAUCAAGUAUUGGCUCCAUGGCCCUGACAGAAGGAGCACUAAGCCAGCACGAUCUAAUCCGAGUGGUGUACAGUGACCUUCACCCUCAGCGGGAGAACUUCACAGCUCAGAACAGGUUUGAAGUGUUGAGUUUCCUCAUGUUGUGCUACAACUCUGCGGUGGUCUCUAUGCCCAACUCCUCUUAUCGUUCCCUGUGCAAUGUGUGCUCAAGAUUGUGUAUUGCUGGUUUUCCACGACAGAGGCAGAAGCUGUGGAGUGAGACUUGUGGCCGGGUUAUGCUGGACCCAGAGUUCAUGGUGCAACUGUUGACGGGUGUUUAUCAUACAAUAUACAACGGAGAGUGGGAGCUGGGCCAAGAAGCACUAGAGGACCUCCUGUAUCGUGCACAGUUAGAGCUGUAUUCUCAGCCACUGCUGGUUGCUAACGCGAUGAAAAGCUCAUUGCCCUUUGAUGCUCCUGACGUUUCCAAGGUGGGUAGGAAGUGUCUGAAGGUAGAAGUGACACCAACAGUACCCAGGAUAUCUCGCACUGCCAUCACCACGGCCUCUAUACGAAGGCAUCGCUGGAAGAGAGAGGAUCAACACGGUGCUGCGGGUGGGGAGGACACCAUCCAGCUGACUGACGCCGAUGAGGGAUUCUCAUCGGGGGCCUCCAGUAUUAGCCAGCCCAGCGGCUCCAAGAGCAGCCUGAAGAAGGGCCCCCGGGAUCAGGCGCUGCUGCUGCUGAGGGCUGAGGGAGCAGCCGAGUCUAGCCGGGACCCUGGCAGCAGAAAGCUGUGCCCGACCCGCUCCGCCGCCGACACCAUGGAUCUUGGUCCGGCCAAGAGACACCUGCCACCGGCCGCUGCCGCUGGGCUUGUGCGGACGGCCAGCACCUCCUCCACCAGGUCCUUCGAGCGGGCGAAUGGGAGCCAGGCGCAGGACGGCACCUCCAACCUGGUGCACAGUAACUCCAACCGUUUCUCCACCAUCAGCCUGCAGGAGGAGCGGCUGGGCCGGGCUGCCGAGGCCAAGGAGCUGCUCUCCCCGGGGGCACCUCUCACCAAACAGUCCCGGUCGCCCAGCUUCAACAUGCAGCUCAUUUCCCAGGUGUAGGAGGCCACUGACCCUCCCCCGCCACACCACACCUCCUCUCCCUUACCCCCCUCCCCCUUUCCUCUGCCCUUUGGGUAACAUCCCCCCCCCCUCCCUCUUUUUAACCCCCAUCCUCCCCAUCCCAUCCAUACGCCCCCCCCAAGAAUAAACCCCCUCCAAUCUCAGCCCUCUUUAAUUCCGACUUGACAAUUAUUUGUGAGGCAAGAAGGAAUUAUUUUGUGCUGGGAGAGCAAUAAAAAAAAGGGAGCCUGUGUCUUCGCAGGCAGUGCAGACUUGUGUGUGUCCCUCCCUGCCUCCCCUCCCCCGGGUGAUGUGCAAUCUCUAUUUUGAUAAUUGUCCUGACUGAGGAGGUUUGCUUGGAACUGAUCUGGUUCAAUCAGAUCUGUCUGCCACAGGCAAUCCUUCGACAUUCCCAGCCUAGCCCUGAUCUCGCCACUCCUC